GAUAGACGCGUGUUAAAAUUGUGAGCGUGUGUUUAGUGAGCACAUGCACCGCAUGUGCCGACUUAUUAAUUUAAUAAUUACUUUUGUUAUUAACUAUUAAUAGUUAUCAAUGUGAAUAAUUAUUUAUAUAAAAAAUAAAUAUAUAUUUUAUUUAAUUAAAUAAUUUGUUAUUAUUUAAUUACUUUGUCUACUACAAUCGCAACGAUGAGCCGCCUAUACGUCUUGUACGAGCACGCAGCAGGCUACGCGCUCUUCUCCGUGUCCGAGUUCGAAGAAGUAGGAAUGCUGCUUCCUCAAGUAGAAGCCUCAGUAACCGACCUCUCCCGCUUCAACUCCAUCGUCAAACUCAUCAACUUCACGCCCUUCAAAUCAGCUUUGACCGCCCUCGAGUCAAUCAACGCCAUCUCCGAAGGCCUUCUCCCCGAAGAUUUGAAGCUUUUCCUCGACACCGCGUUGCCGCCCAAAAUAUCUUCAAAAAUAACUCUCGGAACCGCGGACUCCAAGCUCAGCGCUUCCAUAACCGAGGCCCUGUCCAUAAAAUGCGACCAUACCGGCGCGAUUCCCGAGAUAAUCCGCGGAAUCCGUUACCACUUUCCGCGCCUAGUCAAAGGUCUCACCCCCCAGAGUACCGCCGUCGCUCAACUAGGUCUCGGUCACUCGUACUCCCGUGCGAAGGUCAAGUUCAACGUAAACCGAGUCGACAACAUGAUCAUCCAAAGUAUCGCUCUCCUAGACCAACUAGACAAGGAUGUCAACACUUUCAGUAUGCGAAUCCGCGAAUGGUACUCGUACCACUUUCCAGAAUUGAUAAAAAUCGUACCCGAGAGUUACAUGUACGCACGUGUCACCAAGUUCAUUAAGAACCGGAAGUUACUGAGCGAUGACAAGCUUCCGGAACUGGAAGAAAUAGUAAUGGACAGCGCGAAGGCUCAAGCGAUUAUCGACGCAUCUAAGUCUUCAAUGGGAAUGGACAUUUCCCCGAUCGAUUUGAUCAACAUCGAGAUGUUCGCCAGUCGUGUGAUAGCGCUCGCUGAUUACCGCAAACAAUUGGCUGAAUAUUUGCGGGCUAAAAUGGCCGGGGUUGCUCCGAAUUUGGCGACGCUCAUUGGCGAUCAGGUCGGGGCCCGACUUAUUGCGCAUGCGGGCUCGCUGACUAAUUUGGCGAAAUAUCCUGCGUCGACUGUUCAAAUUUUGGGGGCUGAGAAGGCGCUCUUUAGAGCUUUGAAGACUAAGGGAAAUACUCCGAAGUAUGGGCUGCUGUUUCAUUCGACUUUUAUUGGAAGGGCGGGGGCGAAAAACAAGGGAAGGAUUUCGAGAUAUUUGGCGAAUAAGUGCAGCAUUGCUUCGAGGAUCGAUUGUUUCACUGACACGCCAUCUAGUAUUUUUGGGGAGAAGUUGAGGCAGCAGGUGGAAGACAGGCUUAAGUUUUAUGAGACUGGUGAUGUGCCGAAGAAAAAUAUUGAGGUUAUGAAGGAAGCGCUCGCGGAGGCGGCCAUUAAUUUUGAGAAGGAAGUUAUUAAUGGAGAGGGAGAGAAGGAGGGGGAGGGGAAGAAAAAGAAGAAGAAGGGAAAGAAAAGGAAAGCUGAUGAGCCUGAGGAAAAUGUCAAUGGGGAGAAUGAACAGAAUGGGGAAAAUGGAGAAGUUAAGAAGAAGAAAAAGAAGAAGAAGAAGAGUGAAGCUGAGUAGGGUUUAUAUUUUUUUUGGGAAUAGAUAUAUGUUGUGGGUACUCGUUUGAGAGGAAAUUUUAUUUUAAACACUUUUUUACAUUUUGAAAAUUUUCGUGGGAUCGAUAUUUUGGAAGUUACGAUUUGAGAUCUUUUUUUUGGGGGG